UAUCUUGUACUAAUGAGUCAGGUGGCGUACAUAAACGUACCAAGGACGACGUUGAUAUCAGUUGGUUUUGAUACAUCGUUUGAAAUGGCUGCAGGCACAUACCGUUGGGUCCCCGCAUGUCUAAGCCAGAGGAGUCUGCCCAUGGGCGCUCUAAGGGUUGGUGUUGAUGCUGAUGGCGAUGAAAUUUUUGCGGGCAGAUCUCAUCACAGUGGGGACCUUCUGCCAGCUAAGGUCAUCCCAGCCAAGAAUGUAGCUUACGUUUGCUACUGUGGCGAGGAAAUCUUGGUUGACCAGUUUGAGGUUCUCGUGCCAUCCAUGUUCUCCUGGCAGUUCGCAACUGGCGGCAACGUCCCACCUGGCGCUGUCGAAGCAGGCGUAACCGCUGAUGGUGAGAAGCUGUACUUCGGACGUGUGACACACGAUGGAUGCACCACACCAGGAAAAAUCCAAGGUAGUCAUGGAGUGUGCUACUAUCCCUUCGAUGGUGAAGAGAGAAACUCACCUGAGUACGAAGUUCUAGUCCUUAUGUAAAUUUAAAUACAAUACAAGGUGUUAUUACGUAUUUAAUACCAGCUAAAUUGUAGCAGUAUCCUCUCCUCAGUCAUUUUAGAUGUAAGUAAUAUUGUCUUUGUAUGAAAAUAUAUUUUACAUAAAAAAA